UGUCUAUCGUACUAUUACAGGUUCAAACUAAAAUUUACAAGUCUCUGAAAAUCUGAUCCGCUGAGUAGAUAGAGGAAAAUGAUUCAAGCAACAAAAUAUGGCAAGCAAUUGGGAUAUCUCACAUGUACUCUUUGCAAAAAACAAUCAAACCUGCAACUUUUUUCCCUUUUGCGUUACGCUUCUUCUGGUACUCCUCAGGAAGGAAAAUCUUUUGUUAUGGGAAUUUUUACUGGAUCAGCAAAUGUAAAGCAGGUUUUUCCUUUUCCUGAAGUCUUGAAUACAGAGCAAAAAAAUGUUGUCGGAGAACUUAUCGAACCUGUAGAAAAAUUUAUGUCAGAAGUAAAUAACCCAUUUGCAAAUGAUGCAAAUGAAGCAAUAGAACCAGCUACUUUACAAGGUUUAAAAGAUCUUGGGGCUUUUGGUCUUCAGGUACCUUCAGAAUUAAAUGGUGUUGGGUUGACUAAUACACAAUAUGCACGAAUGGUAGAAAUUGUUGGGAAGUAUGACCUAGGAGUUGGAAUUGCCCUUGGUGCACAUCAGUCUAUUGGUUUUAAAGGUAUUCUUCUAUCUGGCACUCCUGAACAAAAAAAGAAGUAUUUGCCUUCUCUAGCAUCAGGGGAGAAACUGGCAGCAUUUUGUCUUACAGAGCCUACCAGUGGAUCGGAUGCUGCUUCUAUUCGUACAAGUGCUAAACUUAGUCCAGACGGAAAACAUUGGAUUAUGAAUGGAGGAAAGUUGUGGAUAAGUAAUGGUGGAAUAGCUGAAAUAUUUACAGUAUUUGCCCAGACACCUGUAAAAGAUGAGAAAUCUGGCGAAAUUAAGAAUAAGAUAACUGCAUUUAUUGUUGAAAGAUCAUUUGGAGGUGUUACAAGUGGACCUCCAGAAAAAAAGAUGGGUAUUAAAUGUUCAAAUACAGCAGAGGUUUAUUUUGAAGAUGUAAAAAUCCCUACUGCAAAUGUUUUAGGAGAAGUUGGAGGGGGUUUCAAAGUUGCUAUGAACAUUUUAAACAAUGGUCGCUUUGGUAUGGCUGCUGCUCUCUCUGGAACACAAAGAAGUUUGAUUUCUCAGGCUGUAACAUUUGCUGCAAACAGAACACAAUUUGGACAAAAAAUUAUUGAUUACGGUGUUAUUCAAGAAAAACUAGCUCGUAUGGCAGUGAGACAGUAUGUUACAGAGAGUAUGGCAUACAUGGUUUGUGGCAUAAUGGAUAAUGGGUUUACAGAUUUCCAACUAGAGGCUGCCAUCAGUAAAAUAUAUGCUUCGGAAUCAGCAUGGGAGGUUGCGGAUGAAACCAUCCAAAUUCUAGGUGGUAUGGGAUACAUGAAGGGAUCUGGUACCGAAAGAGUAAUGAGAGAUCUACGCAUUUUCCGCAUCUUUGAAGGGACCAAUGAUAUAUUGCGUCUUUUUGUAACUUUGACUGGAUUACAGGGAGCUGGUAAAUAUCUAAAAGAUUUUCAAAAUAAACUUCGAAACCCAUUUGCUAACAUGGGAACCGUACUUCAGCAAGGAGUGGUUCGCUCAAAGCGAGCUGUUGGAAUACAUAGUGGACCUGAUAUUUCAUCAAGUGUUCAUAGAGACCUUAAAAAUCAAGCAGAAUUGGCUUCAAAAGCUAUUGAAGCGUUUGGUAUCACUUCAGAAAAACUGCUUAUUAAGUAUAAAAAAGAUGUUGUAGAUCAGCAAAUGGUUUGCUAUCGGUUGGCUGAUGCUGCUAUUGAUAUAUUUGGCAUGAUAUCUGUUUUAUCAAGGACAACUAAAUCAUUGAACAAUUCACUUCCAAACGCUAAUCACGAAGCUCUGUUAACCUCAAUAUUUUGUUCAGAAGCGUAUGAUCGUGUGGUGCGAAAUCUUGACUCGUGUCUGGCUGAAAAACAUUUGCAGAAUGAUAAGCUAAAAUCGAAUGUUGCUGGUGAAAUUGUUAAAAGUAUGGGUGUAUAUACAGAACAUCCAUUGGGUUUGUAAAAUAUGCUCGCCUUAUGUCCACAAUUAUUGUUUUUAAAUGGUUUUAUCGGUUUGAAGAAGCAGUUGUAUUUAAUAAAAAGAAAUUUUGUAAAAUUAUUUGAAUAAAAUUUUUUUAAAGUAUAUUUUAAUACAAUAUUGUUUUUGUUGCAAAAUUUCGAAUGAAAAAAGAUACUAUAGAAAUAAA